GUAUGAAUGAAAAUUACAUCGCGUUCUUUCACACAUCUUGUUGGCACAAAACCAAGAACAGUUGAAUUAGCAGGGAUAUGUGAUAUAUCAUAUAUAUAUAUUCCCAAAUUUGAAGUAUUCUUUCAAUUCAGAACGACUUUCCUUCAAUUAAAUCAAUUAAACUUCCCUUUUAAAGUUUUAAAGCAUCAACAGAAGCAGGCUGAUUUGAAGAAAAAAAGUUCAGAUUCAACAGCUUGUGGAAGGAAGUACAGAAUGUUUUUCAGGUGUAUUUUUGUUUCCAAUUUUGUAUGUAUUCUGAAUUGAAUCUGAUAUGGAUCAUGGACUACUCUUCAACUUUUUCAGUUGAAGAAUUGUGAUUCCGAAUCUGGAUCAUAAUUCAUAUAUCAUACCCAUGUGAAAAAUGACUGGGAAAAUUGAAGAAAUCAAAAAGUCCUUUAUUCAUAAAAUUUUGUCAAUGAGGCUGAACAACGGAGACGAAGGAAAAGUAUUGAAAAAUUCUUUUGAUCCCACAGCUAGCAGGAUUGGUGUGUUGGAUUGCACUAACUUACUAAGUGACUCAAUGGAAAUUAGUCAUGAUGUUCAGUCCCUCAGGGUGUUUACAGCAACUUGGAAUGUAGCAGGAAAAUCACCUUCUAGUGAUCUCGAUCUUGAUAACCUUCUACAAAUCAAUUGUCAAUCAGAUAUAUACAUUCUUGGUUUUCAGGAAAUAGUCCCAUUAAACGCUGGAAAUGUGUUAGUAAUAGAAGACAACGGUUCUGCAGCAAAAUGGCUCUCAUUGAUUAGUCAAUCUCUCAACAAACAAUCUAAUAAAGAUUAUUACGCAUUAAAUAAAACAAAUACAAAUUCCAAUUCUUUUGAAAGAAAAUCUUCGAUGUUCUUGCAAAGAACAUCACUCAAAUCCGCAAGUAGAUCUUUCAGAUCAGAGAGUCGAAGAAGAUUCAAGAGCUGCAAUUGCACCAUUGUCGAGCCUGAAAGAAAGAGUUAUUAUGGAAGGGAUUCAUGUUUCGCAUGUCAAAAGUCAAAGUCAAACAAUUAUGAUGAUCCCUCUUCAUCAGAAGAAGACGAUACUACCCCUAACAUGGUGGCGCCUGAUGUUACUACCGCUGCACCUCCACCAACUGGAAAGAAUCAACAUUUGAGAUAUUGUCUUAUAAAGAGCAAGCAAAUGGUGGGCAUUUUUGUCACAAUAUGGGUUAAAAAGGAGCUUGUUCCAUAUAUAGGCCACUUGAGAACUUCUUGCAUAAGUCGUGGGAUUUUGGGUUAUCUUGGGAAUAAGGGUUGUAUAUCAGUGAGCAUGACCUUCAAGCAAACAAGCUUUUGCUUUGUAUGUAGUCACUUGGCAUCAGGAGAAAAAGAAGGGGAUGAGCUUCGAAGGAAUUUAGAUGUUAUUGAGAUACUUAAAAGCACACAGUUUCCUAAGAUUUGCAGAACACCCAAUGCAAAGGUGCCAGACAAAAUUUUAGAACAUGACCGAGUCAUUUGGUUAGGUGAUUUAAACUAUCGAAUCGCUCUUAGUUACCAUGAAACCAAGAAAUUUUUAGAGCAAAAUGACUGGGAUGCCCUUCUUAAUAAGGAUCAGCUUAAAAUGGAAAGGGAAGCUGGGAGAGUAUUCAAGGGUUGGAAAGAGGGGAAGAUCUUCUUUCCACCAACAUACAAAUACUCCUACAACUCAGAUUUGUAUGCUGGAGACACCAUAAAAUCAAAGAGCAAAAGAAGAACACCAGCAUGGUGUGAUAGAAUAUUGUGGUAUGGAGAGGGAAUACAUCAGAAGUCAUAUACACGUUGGGAGUCGAGGUAAUAAGAAAACUCUUGAGUUUUGAUUAGCUGAUGGACAGACAUAAAGAAGCAUAAUAAUAAUCAAGUAUUAAGUUUCUCUAACUGUACAUAGAAGCAUUCUUACAAGUAUAAUAUCAGAAGAAGAAAGAAAUGAAGAAAAGAUUGGCU